AUGGGAAGUGGAGCCAGUGGUAUUUGCAGUACACAAAAACAUCUUGCCCAAAAUCCGCAAGCACAAACUGAACCAAGUGAAUUCUACCUCGCCUGCUUGAAUGGAGAGAUCGACAAAGUCAGAGAACUUCUGCCUACAAUUUCCUAUCAAGAUCUUAACCGUCUUGAACCAAAUGGGAGUACACCACUGCAUGCUGCAGUCUCAGCUGGCCAUUCUAACAUCGUCCGUCUUCUCCUCCAAGAAUGCGGAUGUCGACGUGACCUUGUGAAUCCGCAAGGACUAACAGCUUAUGAAGAAGCAGUUUCUGAUGAAAUACGUCAGUUGUUUCAUCGACCGGAUGACAGAAAUCGUUUUUGCGACGAUAAUCAAAGUGGUAUAGAAGACAUAUUUGAAGUAACGAGAACCGAAGAAACAGAGGAUGGCGAGGUUGACGAUGACGAUGAGGACUUUUCAGGUGAUAAAUGGUUGAAGGGUCACGCUACUUCAAAUGAAGUUGCAAAUGUAAGAAGAAAAGCUAGGUCUAACAAAGCCAUCAUGCAAUCACCAGCAAUGAAAUUAUGGAUGUACGGAUUAGGAAAAGUUCACGACCCAAAAGUAACGGACGUCUUUGGCCCUAUUAAUACGAUGCUCUCCAAACAUGUUACCGAACAUCAUCCUCAGUUUCAAAAAUGUAUUGCAUUAGCCAGAGAAGGGUGUCGAGCACAUAAACCAGAACAUCUCCUACGAUUAUAUACUCUAGAGACACCAUUAUAUCGUGCACUAGCUGAUAAUGCAGUUCCUCUUGGUGCACCUCUUUUACGGUGGUUAGAUAAACUGAAACCACGCUAUUUUCAAGGUGUUUCGUAUCGUGGUGUGAAAGCUACUGAUGAAGAUUUACGUGCCUAUCGUUGGGCAUGGAAAAAGAAAGGUGCUAUUCAAACAAAAACAUUCUGUUCAACUUCAUUGGAUCGUUCUGUUGCUGAGAGAUUUGCAGGAAUUAGUUCCACCGCAGUUACAACAGUUGAUGAUAAGCGAAGCAUCUUGAUGAUAUUUAACUUUCCAACGGCAUGUGAUCAAGCAAUCAAUUUAGGAAAACUUUCCGAUCAACUUCCAUGUAUUUCAGACUAUGAAAAUGAGGCAGAAGUUCUUCUACUCCCAGAUGCACUCUUCCUUGUACAACAGAUUGAAAAGAAUAUUAAUAUUACAACAGUUCACCUUGAAAAUGUUACACAAAAUGCUUCCUACUUACAAGUUGCAAAUAAUACUUUUCAAGGACCUGAAGGCGACUGGAAAUCCCAUACGGUGAACUGUGCGAAACAAGAUUUGAGUAAUAUGUCAACAGUAUUUCGUCAAGGACGAAAGUUAUAUCACCACUUUAAGCAGCCUUAA